AUGACCGUCAGCUACCAGUCCAAGGUGUCGUCGUCGAGCAGCGCAGGAUUCACCAAACUAUUGUUCCUGUGGCGGGGCAGCCUGUACCAGGUACUGUACAGGGAACUUUUGUUGUUCAUGGUGGCGUUCGUCAUCAUCAGCGCCCUGUACAGGAACGCGUUCACCAACGCUCAAAAGGAAAUAUUUGAAAAAAUAGUUCGAUACUGUGAUGCCUUUAUUAGUCAAUUACCAUUAUCCUUCAUCUUAGGAUUUUAUGUGACUUAUGUGGCCAAAAGAUGGUGGAACCAAUACUUGGCGAUUCCAUGGCCCGACAGAGCAAUGCAUGUGAUAUCGAUGUAUGUAGAGGGCAAUGACGAUUACGGCUGUAUGAUUCGAAGAUCGCUAAUGAGAUAUUUGAUUUUGACAAUGAUUUUGGUAUUGCGUUCUAUCAGUUCAUCGGUGAAAAAGCGUUUUCCAACAUUAGAGCACGUCGCUGAGUCAGGCUACAUGACUGCCGACGAGAUGGAAGUAUUUUAUUCACUCCCCAAGGUGGAAUUUAAUACUUAUUGGGUGCCUUGCACUUGGUUCAUAACUCUGCUGAAAGAGGCCAGAAAGUCUAAGCGAAUAGAAGAUUCUGAAGGAGUCAAACUCAUAAUGCAGGAAUUUAUCGACUUCAGAUCAAAAUGUGGUUAUUUGUGGAGUUAUGAUUGGAUCAGUAUACCGUUGGCGUAUACACAAGUCGUUACAAUUGCAACGUAUUCAUUUUUCAUCACUGCUGUUGUCGGAAGGCAAUACGUGGAAGGAUCAAACAAAAUGCUGCAAACAGAACUUGACGUAUAUAUACCGGUGUUUACAAUCGUACAGUUUUUGUUCUUCAUGGGACUUUUAAAGGUAGCUGAACAAUUAAUAAAUCCUUUUGGUGACGAUGAAGAAGAUUUUGAAUUAAAUUACUUAAUCGAUAGACACACAAAGGCAUCCUAUUUGGCGGUAGAUUACCUUGCUAAAAUUAAACUUCCUUUGGUCAAAGACAUUUACUUCAAUGAGUUGGAAGUUUCGAUUCCCUACACAAGCGCAUCUGCACCGUUCAAAAAAAAAUCGCACAGAGGAUCAGUUCACCACAUGCCUGUUCCUGAAGAUCAACAUAUGAUGUUCUUACCCGAAAUAAUAGAAGAGGUAGACCCCGACCGUUCGAGAAGCAGAAGGACGUCGAUGAUUUCAAACAAGAGUGAAGGAAAAAUCAACUCAAACAGCAGGGACAAAUGCAAUGAUUCCUUUGGCAUAAUGCAGGUGGUACAGCAGCGAUCAACAUCAAACGGCUGCGGCGAAGUCGGAGGACAAAACUCGAACGCGCCAGCCAAACGCGGCGGCGGCGGCGGCGGCGGCGGCGGUUUCAGACAGUUGGCUCAGCGCAAGUCAGACGCCGCGCAACCGGUGGUGCUGGUGUCAAUGACCCGGCGGCCGAGCUACAAUUCGGGACAGUGGAAGCCGUUCAAGUGGAAAUCGUCCGACUGCGGCGAACAGCGGCGCGCUUCCAUCGGCGGCGGGCGCCCGGAACAGCAUCAGCAGACGGACGUGGACCUGCAGAAAGCGGACCGACCGGAAACGGCGACGGUGGUCCCGGAAGGACACGUCAACGCGGCGUUCGUGCCGGACAAACAGCAACACGACGUGUGACGCUCAUUACCGCGCCGGCGUAUUUGAGAGGGUGCGUCGGGUUGUUUGAUCCCCGAUCCACGAAUCCGUCUAAAUCUCUGCGGACCGAAAUUGAAACCACUCCCCGCCAUUUAAGUAAUUAUUCCAAUGCCGCCUACACCUUAAAUUAAUAUAACAGUUGUUGUUCUAUAGUGGUCGCAUAUAAAUAAUAACCGCGUCAUCAUACAACGAGUAUUUUACCAACCAUUUUUAAAACCAAACGAGUUUUGGAAUUGGAACACGAGUGUCCAUGUGUUUACCUGGUUAUAUAAUAUUUUUUUUUAUAAGAUAAUAUGAUUUUAAUUUAUAAACAAUUUUUAUGACCUGAUCAAUUUUUACAAAAACCUUUAUUGGUACACCGACUAUUUGAAGUUAAAAAAAAAUUCAGUAUUGUCUUACCGCACUAAAAAAUCCUAAGUACGUCACUGACACUAAUAGUAUGUUUUUAACGACUUUUUUUAAAUUUUAAAUUCAGAUGUUUAAUAAAACGAAAUAAAUUCCUAUAUAUAGAAAUGUUAAAAAGUGUACAUUUUUAUUCUCAUGAAACUGUCUUAAAUUAAAACUCUAGGAAAUAAACCUUUUUAGACAAAUCGUUAAAUAGAACUCAUUUAUUUUAAACCUUAAAUUUCAUUAAAAUACCAAAAUAUUUGACUGUGGACAUUUAUUUUAGGAGAAACUAGCUAAGACGUAUUAGCUAUGUUUUUGAAUUUAUUGUCCGUGAUCUAAUCUUCAACGUAAUCACCUCGUCAGUUGUAAUUGUGUACAAUUAUUAUUUAAUUUAAAUGUAUCGUAAUGUUGCAUUAAAUGUAUUUUUCCGCCCUCCCCCCCUUUAAUAUCCCUUAUACACUUAUCUUCCAUUUACCAAUUAACAGUAAAGUCUUCGAGAAAGUAUGUCUAGCCGUAAGGUACCUAUAAGGACUUUAUUUCUCCUCACAUUGGUGUUUUUGUUUUUAUAACUGUAUAAUUAAUUACAUAGUUAUUUAAUUCUAUAAUUUUUGUAUGUCGUUUAAUGAUUAUAUAAUACCCAGA